GAGAUUUGUUUAAACAAAACCUAGAGGAGGCAUUUCCACCCAUUAUCAAUUGUGGUGGAUUUGAAUUACUUAGAACUUGUGGGAACUCCAAAUACACAUUGCAGCCAUUGCCAAUUCCCCCAGGAGGGUAUACCACAAAAUAUCUUUGUGAUGAAAGUUCUCUAGGACAGGCAGUUUGCUACAUCAGGCCAAUACAGAAAGACCUUGAUAUGAAUCUAUGCUCCUCACAGGUUGAUACUGAUGAUCAAACAACAGAGAUGUGUUUGAGGUGUGGCAAAAGUAUUCCUCUUCAACGUCUUCGUCUCCAUAUUGAUGCUUGUGGGACUGAUGAGGUAGAUGCAGCCAGUGCAUAGAUGAGCCAGGGACAGAUUCCAGUCUGCAAAUUUGCAUGUGCAGUGGAUACAUGCAAACCACCAGAACACAGUACAAAGCUGUGUCCUAUAUGCCAUGAUGAGUUCCCUGUCAGCACCAUAGAAGAGCAUGCUGCAAGUUGUUGUGAGGACCAGCUGUCUAAUCCCACCGUUGCUAGGACUCUUGAUGCAGAUUUAGAUGCCAUAGCAGCAAAGGUUGGAGACAGUAAUGAAAACUGGCUAAUCAAUGUUGUGAGGAGAAAUUUCUUUAAAACAGCUUUUGAAGAACUAUCGGAUGCUUUGACAAUUGACUGGGAAAAGCCUAUGAAAAUUCACUUCAUAGGAGAAGAGGGCUUAGAUGCAGGUGGCUUAAGCAGGGAGUUUUUCAGCUUGUUGUUUAAGAACAAUGACCUUUUUGAAAAUGGAUCAUUCAGAUUAGAUUCAGGUCUGCUUAAAAAGAAGACAGAUGAAACAAUGGGAAGAGCUACUGCGCGUGCCAUCCUCGCAGGACACCCAGGCCCAAAAUGUUUUAAUCCAUUGCUGGCCAGGUUCAUUUGUACUGGUGAAGAACCAGAUCUAGCAGAUAUACCAGAUGAAUAUGUUGGAAGGCCUGAUGUGUUAGCAGCCAUACAAGAUAUCUCAACAGACAGUACAGGAUCUGGAGACCUUGUUCAAAGACAUGGUGAUCUGCUGGAGCAGGCGGGCUUUAGAAAAGUUUUGUCAUCAUCAACUACCAGUGAAGCUGUACAUGCUCUGAAACGGCACUUCACCUUUUAUCAUGUGAUUGGACCACUUCUUCAAUUUAGACAAGGUUUGAAACUUCUUGGUGUUCAAACUGCCAUCCAGGGACAUGCUGAGGAGAGUAUAAAGUUUUUUACCACAUCUCCAGUUAGUGCGUCGGAUGUACAAAGUUUCUUCAAACCGACUUACACACCAGAUAGCGAAUUCAAGCCGAGGGAAGAAAUGAUCAUGUAUAACUUUGGGAAAUUCUUAAAGAAAGUGGAACGCGGAACAAUGUCCACACCAUGGAUUGAUAUUUAUAAUGGAGUUGAGACACAGGUGGUGAUUAACACUGGACAUGUUCUUCAGGCUCUCGUAGGAUGUGAAACACUUCCACGAAAUAUAGAAUGUGGAUUGGUUGAAUUUAGCCACACAUCAAAUAAUUUAACAACUGUCAACACAUGUGCACCUUCAAUUAUGUUCUCACAGACUGCUCGUAUUCAGGAGUAUGAGACUUUUGAAAAGCAUUUUUUGAGCGUUAUUGUUGAUGCUGUUGGUUUUGGAAUUGAGUAAUGUUGUAUGACCAAAGUAAAGAGAUCUUUAGUUCAUUUGCUAGUCAUGUUUUUACCAUACUAUGUCAUUUUGCCAAAGAUGGUUAGAUUUGAACAGAUUUUGUAAAAAUGUUCCUUAGAUUACAACAAAUGAUUUGUGUAAAAACACAACAGUCCCCAUCAUUAUGUUUUUAAAGGAGGGCAACAUAUAGUCGCCACUUUGUACCUUUGCAUGUCUGUCUGCCCUUCUGUCACUCCCUUUUCGAGUAAACUUCGAAACUAGGUAUGGGAUUAAAAAUUUUUCUAAAUUAAUUAUCAACAAAAUUUAUUUUGUUAUGUUUUUCAAAGAACAUAAAAAUUUAUAAUUGUUUGCCAGACAAAAAGGGGACAGGAGGGAGUCUUAUUUUAGGUCACUGUGGUCAUGGUGAGUUUUGUGAUUCCUGAGUUUUGUGAUUCCAUCUUGUUCUGAAGUGUGGAAGCAUGUGUCAACAGUUUUGUAUCCAAUCACUUGUGAUGUUAUUUCAAUAUCAUGUAAUGCAAACUUGCACUGAUCAUGCAUCAGUAGAGGGUAACAGUUUCUUACUGAACUAACUGUAAGCUUUAUAAAAUGCUUCAUUGAUUGGUUGUUGUAUUAUAUCAAAUAAUUAUACUAGUAAAUUUAUCAAUUUGAAAGUGAUUUGUACAGUUGAUUGGAGAUGAAUUAUGUUCCCCCGAGUUAUUGACAAUUUUGCUGAAGAAUAUCAGGUAGCAAGAUAUUUAAAAUUACAUUUGUUAUAAAAUUUGUUGUCAAAUAAAAAGUUGUCUUUUGCUUCUUAGUUUAUUUUUCUCUUUUCAAUAUAUCUAAGUGUAUAGAGCCUCAUUUGAAAAAUGUUUUAUAAAAUCUGUAUACAUGUACAUACAUUUUGCUAUAUGGUCAUUU